GGUAGAUGUUGGCUGAAAAGUGGUGAUCAACACAGGAUGUUUGCGUAACCACAAACAAACCCCUUGGUAACCGCGGACGGAGGAACAAUGAAUUGCGGAUCUUGAUUUUCACGUUCAAGUUUUGAAAUGCCUGUCGGAACAAAGCCAACAGAAGAAAGUCAGACCAGGACAAUCCAUGACGCUGUGAGGGCAGGAGACGUGAAAGAACUGGCACUAUUGGUGAAAAACGGUGCUGACAUUAACGAUGUGGACAAAAAACACAAAUUCACCCCUCUCCACUGGGCUUCACAUGCCGGCAGCUUGGAGUGCCUGCACUGGCUUCUGUGGCAUGGCGCUGACAACACUUGCAGAACACCUCAGGGCUGGACUGCAGCGCACAUAUCAGCCAUUAGGGGGCAGGAUGCAUGUAUGCAGGCUCUCGCUGUGAAUGGGGCCAACCUCAAUGCACAGGAUAAUAGAGGAUGCACUCCAGCCCACCUUGCAGCUGCCCACGGACACUCCUACACUCUCCAAAUAGUCCUACGUGGUGCAGUGGACUGUUACUGUGCUGAUAGCAACGACUGGAGGCCGGUGCACUACGCUGCAUUCCACGGGAGAGUGGGCUGCCUGCAAACCCUCAGCAAAUGGGGAGCAAAUGUUGACGAGGUGAAUAGCAAUGGCAACACACCAGCUCACUUGUCAGCCAUGGAGGGCCACGUCUUCUGCUUUAAAUUCCUGGUGUCAAAGGGAAUGAGUAUAGCCCAUACAUUGGGAGCCAGAAACAACCAGGGAGAGACCCCAAAAGAUCUGGCCCGGCGGUUCUCCAAGCAACCUGUUCUACAGUACAUCGAACUGAUUGAAAAGCAUAAGGAUCUCCCUCUGGAGCAGGAAACUGUAGCCUUCCCAGCACACAGAGCAGCCUCGCAAGGGGAUCUGGAUGCCUUGCGGAAGCUGGUGGAAUGCGGAAUCGUCAACAUCAACGAGAGAGAUGACAGCGGUUCAACUCCCAUGCAUAAAGCUGCUGGGAAAGGUCAUCUGAACUGCCUGCAGUGGCUUUUGGAGAUGGGUGCAAAUCAGGACAUCAGAGACAAUGCAGGGGAGAACCCAAAGGACACAGCGAGAAGGUUUGCUCAGUUAGCAGCAGUGAAGGUGCUGGGGGGAGGAGGCUUGGAGGGGGACUCAGAUGAAGAGGUGGGGAUAAUGGACCCCUCGUGUUCUGAUAAACAUGGUGUGGAGGGGAGUACAGACGGCUUUGAAGAAGUCGCUCUGAAUGCCACCCAGAGGAAGGAGCAAAGAGUGAGAGCGUAUCAAAAAAUUGAGGACCUUAAACAGUUGUUGGAGAUUGCAAAAAGUAACUACAGGCAGCUUGGAGGUCUGCUAGAAGAGGACAGAAGCCAGUGGAAAGAAGCCAAAGAGGCUCAAAGAACCAUAGAGGAGCUGCAGACACAGCUGGAGUUUGAGAGAGUACGUCGGGAGAAGCUGGAAUUGCAGCUGGAUGAGUGCAGGUCGGAAAUCGGGCAUCUCAAUCAGUGCCUGCAGGACCUCAGCGUCACCACAGAGGAUAAUCCCCAGGCCAUCCAGGUCAGGGAAAAAAAGAAAGUGAAGAAGAACAGAAAGAGUGAUGUUGGUGGGGUGUUUGUGAAAAGAAUCCAAUAAAAUGAAAGACUUGGUGCA